CACAGAACCGCGGAUAGAAGAAGAAUACGCUGUUGCCACAGUUACUGUUGUUAGCUGGAACAGAUUUGUUGUUGGCUAAUAUUGGAGCUAGUGUUUUGAUGCUGUGGGCGACAGUUGUGUUAAAUUCGACUGCCUUGUCAAAUAUACAGAGGAACGGUUUAUUUCUGCUGUGACUGGGAUCGGUUCUGGAGGAUGUCUGGAGAUCUUGUAGCUGUGUGGGAAGUGGCGUUGUGUGAUGGUGUGCACAGGAUUGAAUUUGAACAUGGGACAACCACAGGAAAACGGGUUAUUUACAUUGAUGGAAAGGAAGUUGUACGUAGAGAUUGGAUGUUCAAACUGGUUGGAAAGGAGGUUUUUCAUGUGGGUGGCACAGACACGAAGGCCACUAUUAACAUAGACGCAGUGAGUGGCUUUGCAUACGAGUACACUCUAGAGAUCAACGGACAGAGCCUGAAGAAGUACAUGGAGAAUCGCUCCAAAGUUACCAGCACAUGGCUCCUCAACCUGGAUGGCAUUGACUGCAGGGUGGUUCUGGAAAAAGAUACCAUGGAUAUAUGGUGCAAUGGACAGAAAAUGGAAACAGCUGGUGAGUUUGUUGAGGACGGCACAGAGACGCACUUCUCUCUGGGUGACCACGACUGCUGCAUCAAGGCUGUGAGCAGCGGAAAGAGACGAGAUGGCAUCAUUCACACAAUGCUGGUGGACGGCAUGGAAAUCUCAGAGUCAGAAUGAUCUGUGUGGAUGAAUGAGUGUGUGAGUGUGUUUGGAUUAGCCAUCCAAACAUAGCAUGUUCUGACCACAGAUCAGCAUGUGCUGGUUCAGUAAAUGGGUCGUUUUAAAGGCAUGAGAGACAGAUGUGUCUUACAAACAUUUGGUUUAGUAACAUUUCUGUAAUACCUCACAGCAACAUUAGAGUGAGUGUUUUAACCCUUUAAACAGUUAAUUUCUUAAUUCCUGGAAGUGAUGCCAAUGUGUUUUUUUCUUCUCAAUGUCCUUCUCAAUAACUUUGACACGAAAAGAUGUGAGGAUGGAUGUACCUUUACUGGAUAGUUUAUUAUGAUGCCCAUGUUGAUGUCAAAUUGUUUAUUCUUUGUGCGGUAGCACAAUCAUGUUCUUAAUAGCAUAGAGUGGUCUCCAUGUGAUUUCAAUGUGAACAUGUGUACUUGUUUAGAAUAUUCUGUCCAGACUCUCACCCACCGACUUCUAAAUAGGGUCAGACUUCAGCAAUAACUUUCUUCUGGAAAUAUACUGUAAUGUGACUAUUAAUGUGUUUUUAGACACUUUGGCUAAAAGCCUUGUGACAAGCAAGAUAGUUUCUUUCAUUCAGGCUUCUUGUGUCUGGUGAAUUCAAGAUGUUGUGACGUGUUAGUCCUAUGUUAACGUCAGCUUCCUUCUGUAACAAUGAUCUUAAAUGUGAAAAUAUUUUCAUGACAUACUGUAUGGAACAAUGCUUAGGGUGGAACUGAAAAAUAAUCUGAAUCUAAAUAUGAAUCAAGCUAUGUUUCCCUAAGAAAUGUAAAACAAAAAAAUUAAUAUUUAAUUUUUUUUUUCUUAGUAGAAUGGAAAUUUGAUUUGUAUUCAAAUGGUGUUUUUUAUUUUCUUUUUUGUAAUUAAAUAAAUAUUAGAAUGAUGACAUCAGUAUUGAAUUUAACUUCAAUGUGCAGUUAAAAUCUUAAUUUGACCCGGAUGUAUUUCAGUAUGUAUGUAGGGCACUGUCGUACACU